AUGACUGAAAUUUUUGGUAAAUUGGUUCCCUCUAAUUUAAGAAAAUUGGAUUAUCGUCAACGUUUAAUUGCUCAACAACAGAUAAAUAAUACAUUAUUCAAUUUAGAAAUGAACAGUAUCUAUCCACAAGUUCACCAAUUAUACAGCUCUACGCCUACAUCUUCACCCUCGCUAUCUGUUUAUGAAAUGCCUCAAUUCCCAUCUCAGCCAUCACCAGCAUACUUAUCUUCAACAAAUUCUCCAUCGCUUCAGGAUGGGAUUCAGUUUUCACGACAAUCGCCAUUACCACACACACAAUCUUCGGAAUAUCAACUGGAGUAUCAAAUACCACAACAAGCAGGGUUGGGCACUUUUCAAUUACAGUAA